AUGGAAAUUAAACAUAUUUUUAUUAGAGGAAUUUCUGGCAUUUCUGCAAUAUUUGUUGUUAUUGCCCUUGGAUUUAUUGGAUUAAUACUUAAGGACAUUAGCUCUCUUUAUGAUGAAGUUAUAGCAGAAAUGGAUGAUUUUAAAGUUAUGGCUAAUGAUGCUUGGAGUCAAAUGCAAAUUGUGCAAUUACAAUUAGCUGGCGGAAAGGCUGCAACAGCGGCUGCUAUAGGUCGAGAUUUCCUUGAGAUGAUACGUGAACGUAGAGGAACGUCCCAUGGCGGAGGAGGUUAUUCAGGUGGUAGCGGUGGUGGAGGUGGUGGAGGCUAUUCUGGAGGCGGACGAAGUGGUGGUGGAGGAGGUGGAGGCUAUUCUGGAGGAAGAGGAGGUGGUGGGGGAGGAGGAGGAGGAGGUUACGCCAAAGGAGGUGGAAGCUACUCUUCAGGUGUUGGAAGAGGAGGAGGUGGUGGAGGAGGUGGAGGAGGUUAUGCCAAAAGUGGUGGUGGUGGUGGUGGUUAUGCAACAAAAUCUAACCAAGCAAUUCAAAACAAUCGUGCUUCGCAAUGCGUUCCUCGUCCAGGCCCACCUGGACCACCAGGACAGCCGGGAUCUCCCGGAGGGGAUGGACAACCUGGACGUGCAGGUCCUCCUGGAUCAAGCGCGUCUGCUGGUGGCGGUGGAGAAGGAGGAUAUGGCGGAGGAGGCUCAUCAUGUGGAGGAGGAGGAAGCGGGGGAGGUGGUGGAGGAGGAGGAGGUGGUGGUGGUUAUGGAGGAGGAGGUGGAGGGGGAGGAGGAUGCACUACUUGUCCAGCUGGCCCACCUGGACCUCCUGGAAGUGGAGGACCUCCUGGACCACCCGGACCAGAUGGAAAUCCUGGUGCACCUGGCUCUGGAGGUGGUGGACCAAAACCAGGUCCACCUGGUCCGCCAGGUGAUGGAGGACCACCUGGCCCUCCUGGCGGAAAUGGCCCACCAGGGCCGGCUGGAAAUCCUGGAACUGGAGGCAGAGGAUUGCCUGGGCCAAAAGGUCCACCUGGACCAGGCGGUCCACCAGGACCGCCUGGAGGACCUGCACCUCCAUCUGGUGCUGCACCACCAGGCCCGCCCGGACCAUCAGGCCCACCGGGCCCGCCUGGACCAUCAGGAAAUCCUGGACAGGGUGGAGGUAAUGGCAAAGAUGGAACAUCUGGUGGUGAUGGAGAAUAUUGUCCAUGUCCACCUCGAGGUUCCACUUCCUCUACUUCCAACGCCGGAAAUGAAGUUAAUGCCAGUCCUACAACUUCUGAAAAACAAUAUAAACUUCAAGCCACAGCAGCAUUGAAAAAAGCACGUGCAGCAGCUACACAUUCUAAGGGUGCUGGAAAUAUGAAAAUGAUGGGACAUUCAGAAACAAUGAAAAUGAAAAGGGGCCGAAUGGCCGUUAAGAAAGUAUAA